AAUCGGUAGAAUUUACAACAAAUACAUUACUGUUCCACCAUUUUUGACCUUCAAAAUUAGUCACAGACACCCUCUUUUUCCCUCCAAUCUCUCUCCCUCUCUUCUCAGUUUUUCUUUUUGUUUUCUCAAUGAAGUGCUCGGCGCCGUUCUUCGAACUCAGAAUUCUCUCUCAAUCUGCAGGUCACUUGGGUUGAGCUUAAUUUCCUUGACCAUUCCAAGAUUACUCUCAGAGUGUGAAUUUCUUCUGGCUUUUUCAUUGUUUCCCAGAUCUGUUUCUGUUCGAAUUGAAGAGGAGCAAUGGUUGCAGAGCCUUGGAUUGUGAAAAUGGGGAACCAGGUUAGUGCUAAUCUCAAACACGCCCUCCUUGAACCUUCUAAGAACAAGAACUCUAGAAAACCAGAUAUCGGUGGCAGUCAUAAGGAAAAAAUCGGUAUUCUCUCUUUUGAAGUUGCUAAUGUAAUGUCCAAAACGAUUUACCUUCAUAAAUCCUUGUCUCAUUCUGCCAUUUCGAAGCUCAAGAACGAGAUCUUGAGCUCCGAUGGAGUUAAAAACCUUGUCUCCUCUGAUGAGGUUCAUCUUCUUGAGCUUGUGGUUGCUGAGAAGAUUGAGGAUUUAAAUAGAGUGGCUAAUGUGGUUUCUAGGCUUGGGAAGAAGUGUUCUCAACCUGCGCUUCAGGGGUUUCAACAUGUGUAUUUGGAUAUCAUUAAUGGAGUUAUAAAUGUGAAGGAAUUGGGUUUUUUAGUGAAGGAUAUGGAGGGGAUGAUGAGAAAAAUGGAGAGGUAUGUGAAUGCUACGGCAAAUUUGUACACUGAAAUGGAGGUUUUGAAUGAAUUGGAACAAGCUGCAAAGAAGUUUCAGAACAAUCAGCAUGAAGAGAGCAGAAAGGCUUACGAACAGAAACUUAUAUGGCAGAAACAAGAUGUGGGGCAUCUUAAGGAUAUUUCUCUUUGGAACCAAACGUAUGAUAAGGUUGUUGAACUGCUGGCGAGAACUGUUUGUACAGUUUAUGCGAGGAUUCAUUUAGUAUUUGGGGACCCUUUUCUGAAAAAGGAUGUGAAUGAGAAUGGCUCAAGUAAUGAUGUGAAUCAUCAUGUUCAGAUUGGUGCAGAGUCGGUGCAGUCGAAACGUGUGUCUGUGGAGAGAGGCAUUGGACCAAGACGAGGGUCAAGUUUUAAGUCCCAAAUUAGCUCAAGAAGAGGAGAGGUUCCAUUGUUUACACCUGACGACUUCAAUUUCCCUUGUGGAACAAAUCCCGGGAGGCUUCUCAUGGAUUGCCUUAGUUUAAGUAGUUCAGUUUCUAAGUUGGAUGAUGAGGAUGAGGACAGUUAUGUUGACCAUGAUGAUCGAAGCUGCCAAAUCUCCGGUCGUAGCAUUAGGAACAGUGGCUCCAGCCAAUUCAGUUCGUUCAGUCAGGUGCAGUUCUCUGUUCCAUUUGGGGUGGAUCAAAGACAAGCAAAAAGUGUGAUGUCUAACAGUGGUGGAAACGUCGGCUUCAAGAGCAGGUUAUCUGUCUAUGCACCAGUUUCAACCAUUGGAGGCUCUGCACUUGCUUUGCAUUAUGCAAAUAUCAUCAUUGUCAUAGAAAAGUUACUUCGUUAUCCUCAUUUAGUUGGCGAAGAAGCUCGAGACGAUUUGUAUCAGAUGCUACCAACAAGUUUAAGAUCAUCCCUGAAAACACAUUUGAAGUCUUAUGUCAAGAACCUGGCCAUAUAUGAUGCUCCUCUUGCCCAUGAUUGGAAAGAGACUCUUGAUGGGAUCUUGAGCUGGCUCGCCCCAUUGGCACACAACAUGAUUAGAUGGCAAAGUGAGCGUAAUUUCGAACAACAUCAGAUUGUGACUCGGACAAAUGUAUUGCUGAUCCAAACUCUGUAUUUUGCUGAUCGAAAGAAGACGGAGGAAGCCAUCUGUGAGCUUCUUGUUGGGUUGAAUUAUAUUUGCCGCUACGAGCAUCAGCAAAAUGCAUUGCUGGAUUGUGCAAGUAGUUUCGACUUUGAAGAUUGUAUGGAGUGGCAGUUGCAAUGUAAAGAUUCGUAUCUUACUUGAAGACUAUGGUACAGCCUUCAGGCGUAGACAUUUUCUUUCGUUUAUUACACAGUGCAUUUAGAGGAAUGAUAGUUCAAUAGAAUUGUGAAUACUGAGCAGCUUUACCACACUGAAAGACAUGAUUGAUGGGGACUUCAAUUCGUCAUUGUUUGCUGUUGAGAGGUGGAAAAUGUCUGUUUUUCUCCAUUAAGUAACGAGGCUGAAUCUUUCAAAUGAAGAUGGAAAAAGGGAAUUUGGUGCUCAAAACUCCUGAUCCCCAACUCCAGCAUCUUGCUUAUACAUCAUACAGUUAGUAGCUAUUUCUCCCCAACUUUGCCCCAUCCCACAAUUUGUUUUUUGUUUUCUGGUGGUUGUAAUUUAAAUAUAAAACAGUAGCUUGAUGUAUUUAAAUCACAACCAUGUCAACAUCAUAUGCCAAAUCAAAUGGAUGAAAUGAAAUAUACUUCUUACAGGACAUUGUUGCACUA